AUGUGUGAAAGCGAGGGGGAGACGGAUCGAGACGACGCGCGGCUGCAGUGGAUCCGAGAGCGCGUUCACGCGUCUCUUCAACUGCACGAGCCCGGCUGCUUCGAGGAGCUGCUGAGGCGCGGAGAUGGAGAGGAGAAGAGGAAAAUCCUCCAGUUCUUAAACCAGGUCUCUGAGGAGGAGUCCACUUCAGUACUGCUGUUUUACAAGAAGAUCCACAAGGAAGAAGUGGAGCUGAUCAUUACUACAGAAAAGCCCAAGGAACCUCCAGAUCCUGAGGAGGACGAAGCCGAGGCGAGUUCUGUCUCCCAGAUCGAGAAUCCCAUCACAGAGGGAGAGAGAUCUCCUACAGAGGAGAUAACAAACAGACCAAAGUUACCGGAAGGCCUCAGCAGGGACGGUCUGUGCUCUAAGGAGGACCCUUCCACCCAGGGAACCUCAGAACCAGUAAGACUGGAUUUUCUGCAUUUGCUCUCUGGGUCUAGUAGAGUUGAAAUACAGACAGUGUACCAUGUGGAGCUGCAUGUGGCUCUGGACCGAAUCCCAGAGAGGUUCAUAAGCUCCAAUGUGCUCUACUUCCUGAGGAACACCAAUGAGAUAAUCCCUGAGCUAACAGAUAUAAACGAGGCAAAUGAAUUGUUGCCCCAGCUGCUGGAGAUCGGCAUGCUGAACCGUCAUCAACUCCUGACGUUCACAGAUGUCUUUCAGCAGGUGUACAUGCCGCUGCUGUCAGUGGACCAGACAAAGCUCACAAGUGAAGGCCAACAGCAGGAGGUGCUGAGCUCUGAUGUCAGUGAUGCAAGAGCUGAGGAGGAAACUGAAGUUCAGGCACAACCAACUGAACCCACCGGCACAGGUCCAACUCGAGACGAGCUCCUUAGCCACUCCCAUAAGUACCUGGACCUUGUGGACAGAACCCAGCAGCAGCUACAGAAUACAAAUACUCUGUACAUCCCUGAGCUGGACCUGGACCAGGAUGUAAAGACCCUGCUGUCCAGCUGGCACGUAGUAGAAAAGCUGGAGCAGUGUGUCAUGAACUGGCAAACCCAGCUCACUGUCUUCCUCGGAGAGCAGAGAGAGAAGCAGUCACAGUCCCCUGGUCCACUGGCAGAGUUGGAGCUUUGGCGUGGGCGUGCGGAUGCACUGAGUGGUCUGUGCGAACAGCUCAAACUCCCAAUGACAAAGACAAUUCUAAAGUUAAUGAGCCAAGCCAACCUGGUCCCCCUGCCACACCUACUUGAGACUAUAACAAAACUGAACAAUUUUCACAAGGAGGCCAAAGAGAACGUGUGCUUCCUCAGUACCGUGGAGAGGUACUUUAAGCUUCUGGCCACGUCGGUGGACUUGAACACGAUCUAUUACAACAUUGCGCUGCUGAUGAGGGGGCUGAAGAUGAUAUGGAUCAUGUCCAGCUACUACAACACUGACGAGCGCAUGACGGCCCUGAUGGACCGCAUCGUCUGGCAGCUAUAUGAGCGUGUCGCUCAUAUCGUAGACAUCCACACGCUUUUCAAAGGUGACCGUAAUGCGGCCAAGAACAAAGUUGUAGAUGCCAAAAAUGUUCUAGAGCACUGGAAGUCCACCUACUUUGCUGUUCGAGAAGCUAUCGAAAAAUCUGACAGGGAAUCGCGCUGGGAGUUCGACCGCCAAAGGCUCUUUGAGAAGACAGACUACAUGGCUUCAGUCUGUCAGGACUUGUACGACCUCCUGCAGACCCUGGAAGACUUUCCUAAAAUCUUUGGGGCAGAGAUGAAGGAAGUAACAGGCCAGCCCGAGCGUGUUGACGACGUGAUGCGGAGGGUGGACAGCCUGGUGGUGCCCAUCGAGGAGCUGGACUUUGACCCCUUCGACAUUCACAAGAAGGAAGAUUGGAAAAAGGUCAUCGAGAACUUCCAGAGGAGCGUUCAGGCUAUUGAAGGUGAAGCCAUUCUCUUCAUCAACCAGUCCUUCAAGAACCUGCGCUCGGCCUCUGUGGCCUUCGACAUGCUGAUGAAUUUCAAGCACGUCCGCUCCAGAGAAGCGCUCAACAACCAGUUGAUGAUGAAGUUCAGUGACAUUCUGACCCAGUACUGCAGAGAGGUGGACCUCAUAAACACAAUGUUUGUCGAGAACAAAGACAAUCCGCCCCUGAAUAAGGACCAGUCCCCUGUGACAGGGGCGAUCUCCUGGGUUCACUUUCUGUUCCUCAAGAUAAAACAGACCUUCCUACACUUCCAGAAGAUGCCGGACAUGCUGGAGAGCGAACAGGGCAUGGCUGCAAAAGCUAAGUAUCUGGAAGUGGGCCAGAGCAUGCGAGACUAUGAGAUUGGUAAACACCAAUGCUGGAGCGAGGAUAUGAUGCAGAUGCUGGACGAGCUCAUGAAGAGAAAAGUCCUGCUCAUGUUGGACGGCUCUGAGGAAAUCGCCGCAGACGCCAUGCAGCCGGAGGACCUGGACCAGGCGAGGAGGUUGAGGUUCAGGGUGAACUUCGGCUGGGAGCUGGAGAUGCUCUUCACUGAGACGCGGGUCUUUGAGCAGCAGGGCUACACUAUACCUGAACAGAUCAGACGAGUGGUUGUGCUCCAGGAGAAGCUCUUGAGACACCUGGACGAACUAAAGUACUUAACAGAACACUACCAAUCUGAGAUGGAGCGCCUGAAGGACGCAGAGUUCAUCCUGAUGGCCCCGCUGUUACAGGAACUGCAGACUGUGAUGUCCAUUGGAGCUAAACGAGUAACCUUGACCUCUCUGGGCUUACCAGACUUCAUCAUCAAAGCCAAAAGCGCCAUCUCACAUUUCGGGUCCCUGCUGAACCAAAUUCAGGACGAAGAAAAGGACAUCGAGGCCAGCCUUCAGGCCUUCGAGUCAGUCAACCUGUUUAAAUCCCCUGUGACAGAAAGUGCAGGAGAACUGCCAGGACUGAAAGAGUUCUGCGACAUGGUGGAAAAACAACGAGCCAAAGAUGUUCUCCUGCUGAGUAAGAGAUACUUGGCCAUCACGCCUCUGCUCACCAAGAUGGAGUGUCUGACUGUGCAAACCAGCAGCAACAAGGCUGAGCACAUGGCCCAGUACUACGCUUACUGGGAGCGCAGGGUGUUUGACUCUCUCACCAAGAUGGUGCUGAGGAACCUGCAGGAGUUUAACUCCGCGCUGCUGGGGUCGACCCCGCUGUUUGAGGUCGAGGCCGUCUUCUCAGCUGCUCAUAUCGUGCUGCAGCCCAGCAAAAGUGAAGUGCACAAGCUGAUCAUGCAGUGUGUAAAGGACUGUGUGGAGAGCACCAAGCAUUUCGUCCGCUGGAUGCAUGGCACCUGUAUCGAGUGUCCUCCGCAGAUCGUGGACGGUAAGGAAGAGCCCAUCGUCUUCAGUUUCUUCAGCGACGUGUCCCAGCUGCCCGAAGUGGAUGAGUGCGCCAUGGCCAUAUCCCAGAGCACACAGCAGCUUCUCAGCUCCGUCGCCCACUAUCUGCAUCGUUGGAUCUCCUACCAGCCUCUGUGGAAAACUGACGCGGCUACCGAGCUGGAGAACUUCGCCGCAACGAAGCCGUCAUGCGUGGCUUAUGAGGAUAAGCUGCAGUAUUAUUUGCAGCUCCUUCAGGAUGUGGAACAGCAGCAACAGGUGAAGGAUGUUCACAUCAUCAGGUUGAACCAGAGGCCGCUGAAGUGCACCAUCCUGGAGAUCACUCAGACCUGGAUCGCUACGCUGGGCAAGCUCUUAAACGACUCGGCUCGGGAGGAGUUACACGCCAUGCGCAACGAGUUCCAGCAAAUGUCCGAAAACCUGGAGAGAGCUCCUGACACAUUGGAAAACCUUAAGUUCAUCCUCACCAUCAUCUCCAACAUCCGGGACAUGUCUCUGAGCGUGGAGAUGAGAAACAGCGACAUCCAGGAGAGAUACAGGACCCUGGCCUUGUAUAAAUUAAAAGUUGCAGAGGAAGAACUGCAGCUGGUAGCGAACAUCCAGACUCUGUGGAAAGAUUUGUCCACUGAGGCCCAACGUGUGGAUCGCUCCCUGGGCAAAGUCAAGAAGACCUUCACCAAAAUCACCCUGAAACAGAUAGAGGACUAUAAACAGGAGCUGUCCGUCUUUGCUGAGAGUUUUAGCAUGCAUGGACCAGGAGCUGUCGGAGACAACAUGGAGAAAGGCCUGGCUGUUAUGAAUGCUUAUGAGGCAGAUCUGGCUAAGAUAGACGCGGGCCGUCAGGAGCUGGUCAACGCUGAGAAACUGUUUGACCUUCCCAUCACCUCGUACCCAGAACUGUUGAAAAUCCAGCAGGACAUGCGGGGUCUGAGGCGGAUCUAUCAAAUCUACGAAGAACAGAAGGCUGCUAAGGCAAAGUGGUCUCAGACCCUGUGGGUGGACCUGGACAUCCAGCUCCUUCAGGACGGCAUAGACGGUUUUAUUAAGGACCUCAGAAAGCUUCCUAGAGACGCGAGAGCACUUUCGGUGGCCGUAUUCCUGGAGGGACAUCUGAAAGAGUUCAAAGACUCUCUGCCGCUGCUGGUGGACCUGAAGAACGAGGCUCUGAGAGAGAGGCACUGGAACGAGCUGAUGGUGCAAACAGGAACUAGCUUUGAUAUGACCACGGGCACCUUCACGCUGGAGAACAUGUUCGCCAUGGAGCUCCACAAAUACGCUGACGUCAUCGGAGAGAUCGUCACCACAGCCGUCAAAGAGCUGAGCAUAGAGAAGGGUGUGAAGGAUGUGGUGAGCACGUGGGAAAACAUGAAGUUCACCAUGCAGCGGUACGUCAAAGGCAUGCAGGAGCGAGGUUUCAUCCUGGGUUCCGUCGACGAGAUCCUGCAGAACCUGGACGAUAACGCCAUGAACCUGCAGAGCAUGGCGGGGAGCCGCUUCGUCGGGCCGUUCCUGCCCGUCAUCCAGGAGUGGGAGAAGAACCUGUCGCUCAUCAGCGAGGUCAUCGAGGUGUGGAUAGUGGUCCAGAGGAAGUGGAUGUACUUGGAGAGCAUCUUUAUUGGAGGUGACAUUCGCUCUCAGCUGCCCGAGGAGGCCAGGAAAUUUGACGAUAUUGACGGAGUGUUUCAAAAGAUCAUGUCAGAAACGAUGAAGGACCUGAGUAUUAAGAAGUGCUGUCUGGUACCGAAUCGGCUGUCGGACCUGCAGAACCUGAGCGAGGGUUUGGAGCGCUGCCAGAAGAGUCUGAACGACUACCUGGACUCCAAACGGAACGCCUUCCCCAGGUUCUUUUUCAUUUCCGACGACGAGCUGCUCAGCAUCCUGGGCAGCAGCGAGCCGACCUGCGUCCAGGAGCACAUGAUCAAGAUGUACGACAAUAUCGCCUCAUUGCGCUUUGACGCGGGGACAAGCGGAGAGUCGGUGGUAGGCGCCAUGGUGUCUGCAGAAGGAGAGGCGAUGGAGUUCAGGCAGUCCAUCCCAACCGAAGGACGAGUGGAGGAAUGGAUGACGACUGUUCUGCUGGAGAUGAGGAGGACCAACAGGCUCAUCACCAAGGAGGCCGUGUUCAACUACGAAAAGAACAAGUCAAGGGUGGACUGGAUGCUGGACUACCAGGGCAUGGUCGUGCUGGCCGGAAACCAGGUGUGGUGGACGUGGGAGGUAGAGGACGUUUUCUUCAAGGUGCAGGCAGGAGACAAGCAGGCCCUCAAAAAUUACGCCAAGAAGAUGCACGGGCAGAUUGAUGACCUGGUCAAGCGCAUCACGCAGCCUUUAUCGAGGAACGACCGCCGCAAACUCAACACCGUGCUAAUCAUAGACGUCCACGCCAGAGACAUCGUGGACAGCUUUGUCAGGGACAGUAUCACAGACGUGCGUGAGUUCGAGUGGGAGAGUCAGCUGAGAUUUUAUUGGCUCAAAGAAGGAGACGAUCUGUUCGUCAAUCAGUGUUCGGCUCAGUUCUCCUAUGGAUACGAGUACAUGGGUCUGAACGGCAGGCUGGUCAUCACCCCCCUCACCGACCGCAUCUACCUCACACUCACACAGGCGCUCUCCAUGUACCUUGGCGGAGCACCAGCAGGACCUGCAGGUACAGGAAAAACCGAAUCCACUAAAGACCUGGCCAAGGCUUUGGGUCUGCUCUGUGUGGUCACUAACUGCGGGGAGGGGAUGGACUACAUGGCGGUUGGGAAGAUUUUCUCUGGCUUGGCUCAAUGUGGAGCCUGGGGCUGCUUCGACGAGUUCAACCGCAUCGAAGCCUCUGUGCUGUCCGUCAUCUCCUCCCAGAUCCACACUAUCCGCAACGCCCUCAUGCUACAGCUCAAGAGGUUCCACUUUGGAGGUCAGGAGAUCAGUCUGGAUGCACGAAUGGGGAUCUUCAUCACCAUGAACCCGGGCUACGCAGGCCGAACCGAGUUGCCCGAGUCGGUGAAGGCCCUGUUCCGACCAGUGGUGGCCAUCGUCCCUGACCUCCAGCUGAUCUGCGAGAUCAUGCUGUUCUCAGAGGGCUUCCUCCUGGCCAAGGUGCUGGCGAAGAAGAUGACGGUGCUGUAUAAGCUGGCACGAGAACAGCUGUCCAAACAGUCUCACUAUGAUUUCGGGCUGCGAGCGCUCAAAUCUGUAUUAGUAAUGGCGGGAGAGCUGAAGAGAGGAUCUGCUGACCUCAGCGAGGAUGUGGUGCUGAUGAGAGCUCUAAGAGACAUGAACCUGCCAAAAUUUGUCUUUGAGGAUGUUCCUUUGUUCCUGGGACUGAUCUCAGACCUGUUCCCAGGACUGGACUGCCCACGUGUGCGCUACCCCGACUUCAACGAUUCUGUAGAGGCCACUCUGAACGAGAAUAAAUACAUUCUUCUGCCCAAUCAGGUGGAUAAAGUGGUCCAGAUGUACGAGACCAUGAUGACCAGACACACUACCAUGGUGGUGGGACCCACAGGAGGGGGCAAAUCCGUGAUUAUUAAUACUCUGUGCCAAGCCCAGACUAGGCUGGGGCUCACAACCAAACUGUACACACUGAACCCUAAAGCCAUGAGCGUGAUCGAGCUCUACGGCAUUCUGGAUCCCGACACUCGAGACUGGACCGACGGUAUUCUGUCCAACAUCUUUCGGGACAUUAACAAACCUACAGACAAAAGGGAGAGAAGGUACAUCCUGUUUGAUGGGGAUGUAGAUGCUUUAUGGGUGGAGAACAUGAACUCCGUGAUGGACGACAACAAGCUGCUGACACUCGCUAACGGAGAGAGGAUCCGUCUGCAGAAUCACUGCGCUCUCCUGUUUGAGGUGGGGGAUCUUCAGUAUGCCUCUCCGGCCACCGUGUCUCGCAGUGGAAUGGUGUUCGUGGACCCCAAAAAUCUUCGCUUCACCCCCUACUGGGAGAAAUGGGUGAACAGUAGACCCGUGAGGGAGCAAGACGGUCUGAACAAGCUUUUUAAGAAAUAUGUUCCCAGCACCAUAGACAUGAUAGUGGAGGGAGUUGUAGAUGGAAGGCAAGGAGAGAAAAUGAAGACAAUUGUCCCACAGACUGAUCUUAACAUGGUGGUGCAGUUGUCGACAGUGUUGGACGCUUUGCUAGAACUGGAAGAGUACUCCUUCGACGAGCUGGAGAGUUUCUUUCUUGAGGCUCUGUACUGCUCGCUUGGAGCUACGCUGUUAGAGAGCGGCCGCAAGAAAUUUGAUGACUUUAUUAAGAGGCUGUCCAACCUCACCUCUGUCCACACUGAGACACCGCUCGCCGGCCCUGGAGACCUACCUGGUUUUCUGCCAACUCUCUAUGACUAUCACUUCAAUCCGAGCACAAAGAAGUGGACUCCCUGGAGGGCGCUGGUCCCCAGAUACAACCACAACCCUGACAUGAAAUUCAUCGACAUUCUCGUGCCCACCGUCGACACCACGCGCACCAACUGGCUGUUGGAUCAGAUGGUGAAGGUGAAGAGGCCCGUGGUGCUGGUUGGAGAGUCUGGAACAUCGAAAACUGCCACCACGCAGAACUUCCUCGCCAAUCUGGACACCGACACGACAAUGAUUCUGACCAUCAAUUUCUCAUCAAGAACCACGUCCAUGGACGUCCAGAGGAUCCUGGAGGCCAGCGUUGAGAAAAGGACAAAGGACACCUACGGCCCUCCCAUGGGCAAGAGGCUGCUGGUGUUUAUGGAUGACCUUAACAUGCCACGCGUGGAUGAUUACGGCACGCAGCAGCCCAUAGCGCUGCUGAAGCUGCUGUUGGACAGGGGCGGGAUAUACGACCGGGGCAAAGAACUCAACUGCAAGAUGCUGAAGGACAUGGGCUUCAUCGCAGCCAUGGGGAAAGCAGGAGGAGGCCGUAACGAGGUGGAUCCUCGUUUCAUCUCCCUCUUCAGUGUGUUUAACGUCCCGUUUCCUGAGGAGGAAUCACUCCAUCUCAUCUACUGCUCCAUCCUGAAGGGCCACACCAGGGCGUUUGAUGAAAAUAUUCAGAACAUCUGUGACACACUGACCUCCUGCACACUGAACUUGUACAACUCCAUCAUUAAAGACUUGCCACCAACUCCCUCUAAGUUCCACUACAUCUUUAACCUGAGGGAUCUGUCCAGGGUGUAUAACGGCCUGACCCUGACGAACGCAGAGAGGUUCCUGGCGGUCUCUCAGUUUGUGCGGGUCUGGAGGAACGAGUGUCUGAGGGUGUUCCACGACAGGCUCAUCAACGAAACCGACAAAGCUCUCGUCCAGGGAUAUAUUAAAGCCCUAAUAGAGGAGCAUUACAAUUCUGAUGUGGAGUCAGCGAUGAGAGACCCGAUCCUGUUCGGAGACUACAGAACGGCCCUUUCCGAGUUUGAGCCCAGAGUCUACGAGGACAUCCAGGAUUACGAUGCCUGCAAGGCUCUUUUCCAGGAGAUCCUCGAGGAGUACAACGAGACCAAGACUAAAAUGAACCUGGUGCUCUUUGACGACGCGCUCGACCACCUGACCAGAAUCCAUCGCAUCAUCAGGAUGGACCGUGGCCACACCCUGUUAGUGGGAGUCGGAGGGUCUGGGAAACAGUCCUUAACCAAACUGGCUGCUUUCACCGCAGGAUGCGAGGUGUUUGAGAUUGUGUUGAGUCGAGGAUACUCAGAGUCUCACUUCCGUGAAGAUCUAAAGACUCUUUACUUAAAGCUGGGCAUCGAGAAUAAGAAAACCGUGUUCCUGUUUACCGACGCUCAUGUGGCCGAGGAGGGCUUCCUGGAGCUCAUCAACAACAUGCUAACGUCAGGAAUGGUUCCAGCGCUGUUCCCUGAUGACGAGAAGGACUCGAUCCUGAAUCAGGUCCGCGACGAGGCUAUGAAGAUGGGCUCGGGGCCGUCCAAAGACAGCGUGUGGCAGUACUUUGUGAACAAGAGCGCCAACAACCUGCACAUCGUCCUGGGCAUGUCUCCUGUAGGGGACGUCCUCCGGACUCGCUGCAGGAACUUUCCGGGCCUGGUGAAUAAUACCGGUAUUGAUUGGUUCCUCCCGUGGCCUCCUCAGGCUCUACAUGCAGUCGCAGAGUCUUUCUUGGGCGAGAGCCCGAUGAUACCCAAAGCCCAUACCGAGGAGGUGAUAGGUCACGUGUGUAUGGUGCACAACUCGGUGGGUGUGUACAGCAAGCUUUUCCAGCAGAAGCUGCGGCGCAGUAACUUCGUCACCCCUAAAAACUACCUGGACUUCAUCAGCACCUACUCGAACCUACUGCAGGACAAGGACAAGUACAUCCUCGCCCUGUGUAAGCGUCUGGAAGGAGGUUUGGAUAAAUUGGAGGAGGCCAGUGUGCAGCUUGCCGAGCUCAACGAGAAGCUAGCCGAACAGAAAGUGGUUUUGGCCGAGAAGUCGUCCGCUUGCGAGAUCUUGCUUGAGGAGAUCACAACCAACACCAAAGUUGCUGAGGAGAAGAAGGUGCUGGCUGAGAAGAAGGCCAUGGAGAUCGCAGAGCAGAAUAAAGUGAUCUCUGUGGAGAAAGCCGAUGCCGAGAAGUCUCUGGAGGAAGCUAUGCCCGCGCUGGAAGCAGCUCGCACCGCUCUGCAGAAUCUGGACAAGUCCGACGUCACUGAGAUCAGAUCCUUCGCCAAGCCCCCGAAGCAGGUGCAGUCGGUGUGUGAGUGCAUCCUGGUCCUGCGCGGGUACAAAGAUAUCAGCUGGAAGACGGCUAAGGCCAUGAUGUCAGAGGCUAACUUCCUGCGCUCGCUCAUGGAGAUGGACUGCGACGCCAUCAGCACAGGGCAGGUCAAAACGGUCCGAGGCUUCCUGAAGUCCCUGAACACAUCAUUCGAGGAGAUGCAGGCCAUCAGCAAGGCCGGCUCGGGAAUGCUGAAAUUCGUUGAGGCUGUCACGGGUUACUGCGACGUGGCCCGAGAGAUUAAACCCAAGAGACAGAAGGUGGCUAAUUUGGAGAAGAACUUCUUCCAGAGCAAGCGCGAGCUGGAACUGAUCCAGAAAGAGCUUCAGCAGAUCCAGACAGAGCUGGGCGCUUUGGGGCAGAAAUACAACGACGCCAUGACGGAGAAGCAGCAGCUGCAAACAGAGGCUGAACUCAUGGAGCGGAGACUCAUCGCCGCCGACAAACUCAUCUCGGGACUCGGAUCGGAGAACAAACGCUGGACCGAGGACCUGGUGGAGCUGAAGGAGAGGCGAGUGCGUCUGCUCGGGGACUGCCUGUGCUGCGCCGCCUUCCUGAGCUACGAGGGAGCCUUCAGCUGGGACUUCCGAGACGAGAUGGUGUACGCGGUGUGGCAGAAGGACGUACUGGAGAGGGGCAUCCCUAUGAGCCAACCCUUCCGACUCGAGAAUCUGCUUACCGACGAGGUCGAGAUCAGCAGAUGGGGGUCAGAAGGUCUCCCUCCGGAUGAGCUGUCGGUGCAGAACGGCAUCCUGACCACGAGAGCCAGCCGCUUCCCUAUGUGCAUCGACCCUCAACAGCAAGCGCUGAACUGGAUCAAGAAGAAGGAGGAGAAAAAUAACCUGAAGAUCUCCUCCUUUAACGAUCCAGAUUUCCUGAAGCAGUUGGAGAUGGCCAUCAAAUUUGGACUUCCUUUCCUGUUUCAAGACGUGGAUGAGUACAUCGACCCUGUCAUCGACAACGUCCUGGAGAAGAAUGUAAAAGGAGCCGAGGGACGGCAGGUCAUCGUGCUGGGAGACAAGGAGGUCGAAUAUGACCCCAACUUUAAACUCUACCUCAACACCAAACUGGCAAAUCCCAGAUACUCACCAGCGGUGUUUGGGAAAGCCAUGGUCAUCAACUACACUGUUACACUAAAGGGUCUGGAGGACCAGCUGCUGAGUGUCAUCGUGGCCUUCGAGCGAAAGGAGCUGGAGGAACAGAGGGAGCGUCUGAUCCAGGAGACGAGCAGAAACAAAAGUCUGCUCAAGGACCUGGAGGACUCUCUUCUCCGAGAGCUCACCACGUCCACGGGCAACAUGCUGGACAACGUCGAGCUCGUCCACACACUCGAUGAAACCAAAUCCAAAGCCGGCGAGGUGUUUGAGAAACUAAAGCAGGCCGAACACACAUCAGCAGACAUCGAUAAACUGCGCGAUGGCUACCGUCCGGCGGCUAAACGCGGCGCCAUCCUGUUCUUCACCCUGGCUGAGAUGGCGCUUGUGAACAGCAUGUACCAGUACUCUCUCGCCUCCUUCCUCGAGGUGUUUGACUUCUCACUGCGUAAAUCUCUUCCAGACUGUGUCCUGAGCAAUAGGCUGGAAAACAUCAUGAACACACUCACACUCAACAUCUACAAUUACGGCUGCACCGGUCUGUUUGAAAGACACAAGCUGCUCUUCUCCUUCAACAUGACCGUGAAGAUCGAGCAGGCGGAGGGUCGUGUCCCUCAGGAAGAGCUCGACUUCUUCCUUAAAGGGAACCUCUCGCUUGAGAAGAGUAAGAGGAAGAAGCCGUGCGCGUGGCUGCCGGAUCAGGGCUGGGAGGAUAUCGUGCGUCUGACUGAACUUUUCCUAACAGAGUUCGGCUCACUGAUCGCCGACAUCGAGAAGAAUCCGACGGAAUGGAAGGAUUGGUAUGACAUGGAUGCCCCAGAGCAGGCACAGUUCCCCAUGAAGUACGGAGACAGUCUGACAGAUUUCCAGAAACUUCUGCUUCUGCGCUGCUUCAGGGUGGACCGAGUGUACCGCGCCGUCAGCGACUACGUCACCAUCACCAUGGGAGAGAAGUUCGUGCAGCCUCCAGUGAUCAGUUUCGAGGCGAUAUUUGAGCAGAGCACUCCGAACUCCCCCAUCGUGUUUAUCCUGAGUCCCGGCUGUGAGCCUGCCACCGAUCUGAUGAAGCUGGCUGAGCGCUCCGGGUUCGGGACCAACAAGCUUAAGUUCCUCGCCAUGGGACAAGGACAGGAGAUGGUUGCACUGCAGCUUCUAGAGACGGCGGUGUACAGAGGUCAGUGGCUGAUGCUCCAGAACUGUCAUCUGUUAGUGAAGUGGCUGAAGGAGCUGGAGAAAUCUCUGGAGAGAAUCACGAAUCCUCACCCAGACUUCCGGCUGUGGCUCACCACUGACCCCAUCAGAGACUUCCCCAUCGGCAUCCUGCAGAAAUCCCUCAAGGUGGUGACGGAGCCCCCGAACGGGCUGAAGCUGAACAUGAGAGCCACGUACUUUAAGAUCCCGCCGGAGACGCUGACGAGCUGCCCUCACCCGGCCUUCCGCAGCCUGGUCUACGUGCUGGCCUUCUUCCACGCCGUGGUGCAGGAGAGACGCAAGUACGGCAAGAUUGGCUGGAACAUCGCGUACGACUUCAACGAGUCUGACUUCCAGGUGUGUCUGGAGAUCCUGAACACCUACCUGACCAAAGCUCACGCUCAAGGUGACGAGAUGAUCCCAUGGGGCAGUCUCAAGUACCUGAUCGGAGAGGUGAUGUACGGUGGCAGGGUGAUCGACAGCUUCGAUCGCAGGAUCCUGACUGUCUACAUGGACGAGUAUCUGGGAGAUUUCAUCUUCGACACCUACCAGCCUUUUCACUUCUUCCACAACGACGAAGUCGAUUAUAAAAUCCCGUCGGACGGACCAAAGGAGGUCUACGCCGACGAAAUCGAGUCCCUUCCUCUCGCGAACACGCCGGAGGUGUUCGGGCUUCACCCCAACGCCGAGAUCGGGUACUACACUCAGGCCGCCCGGGACAUGUGGACGCAUCUCAUAGAGCUCCAGCCGCAAACAGGUGACACUGGUGGUGGAAUCAGCAGAGACGAGUACAUCUCGCAGGUGGCUCGAGACAUCCAGAACAAGCUGCCCAAGCCGUUCGACCUGGACGUGAUCCGGAAGAAGUUUGGCCUGGAAGUGUCGCCCACCACCGUGGUGCUGCUGCAGGAACUGGAGCGCUUCAACAGACUCAUCGUACGCAUGAGUCGCUCACUCGCCGAACUGCAGAGGGCACUAGCCGGUGAGGUGGGGAUGAGCAGCGAGCUGGACGAAGUGGCCCGAGCGCUGUUCAACGGUCAGAUCCCAGCUAUCUGGAGGAAACUUGCCCCGGACACCCUCAAAUCUCUGGGCAACUGGAUGAUCCACUUCAGAAGACGUUACGAUCAGUAUAGCUCAUGGGUGGAUAAAGAUGAGCCCGUAGUGAUGUGGCUGUCAGGGUUACACAUCCCCGAGUCGUACCUGACGGCGCUGGUUCAGUCCACAUGCAGGAAAAACGGCUGGCCGCUGGACCGCUCCACUCUGUACACACAGGUCACUCAGUACAAGAACGAGGAGGAGGUGACGGAGAGGCCGGAUCAGGGUUGUUAUGUAUGUGGUCUGUAUCUGGAAGGAGCAGACUGGGAAAUAGGGCAGGCCUGUCUGGUGCGCAGCAAACCCAAAUCCCUGGUGGUGUCGCUUCCUAUCCUCAAGGUGAUCCCCAUCGAGGCUCAUCGCCUUAAACUGCAGAACACACUGAGAACGCCGGUCUACACAACGUCCAUGAGGAGGAACGCCAUGGGCGUCGGCCUGGUUUUCGAAGCCGACCUUUUCACCACCAAACACCAUUCUCACUGGGUCCUACAGGGAGUGUGUCUCUGUCUCAAUGCUGACUGAGCUUCUCUUCAUCACUGGGUUUUCUUUUUAAACAUAAACCCACCAAACACAAGAGAGGGGAAUCACCAGGACCUGUCGAUAUCAUCUUAUCACGAUGCCGAUUAUGAAGUUUCUAUGCCGAUUGUGUUUGUAUCACAAUUUUAUAAACAUCUCAUAAUUUAUGAGAUAUGUUAUUAUUUUUUUAGAUUCUGUUACACUUCUGAACAAAAUUAACAAAUAAUCCUUUCCUACCACACAGGAUGCUGUGCUGCCUGUCAGUGUGUGAAUAGUUUUGCGCGCCACCUGUAGGAUUAUAGUGGAAUGUUAACAUUUUACCAUCUCAAAUG